AGAGAGAGAGAGAGAGAGAGAGAGAGAGAGAGAGAGAGAGAGAGAGAGAGAGAGAGAGAGAGAGACUGAGACUGAGACUGCCAGCUGUCGUGUAAAGAGCUAUACCUGCCGGACAAGUCAGUCAACCUAACCUUAAUGCCACGAGACACAAGGAUCUCAAGCACCUAUCAUUACACAGCGAACCCCCCUCUAGUGCUCUUGAACCAGCAGCGUGGAACAGCCAAUCGCGAGAACGCAUCGUUAUCCAUGUCCCUCGCCCCCAGCGACAGCACCAUACAGCACUAUCGUCGCUAUCUCGGUUAAUAUUAGAGGUAUAGGGGACGGUUUGCGGCCGACUGUCUCUCCAGACUUCAUACUACUACCUCUGCUACUUGAGAUCCCCGUCAGGAUGGAGCGGUGGUCAGGUCGUGUGGCCCUGGUGACUGGUGCCAGCAUGGGGAUCGGUGCCAGCGUGGCCAGGAGGCUGGUGGCUGAGGGCAUGAAGGUGGUGGGAGCAGCUCGUAGCAUUGACAAACUACAGGCCUUGGCUGACGAACUCAAAGGUCAACGAGGUACGUUUAUCCCCGUUAAGUGUGACAUCACCAAGGACGAGGAGGUGCUGGCCAUGUUCGCCAAGAUCAAGAAGGACCUCGGAGGCGUGGACGUGUGUAUCAACAAUGCAGGAUUCACCCACAACAAGUCCCUGCUGGAGGGCAGCCCCAAGGAGUGGCGCGAGAUGAUGGAUCUCAACGUUGUGGCUCUGUGCUUAUGUACGCGCGAGAGUAUUGCUUCCAUGCGAGAACGCGGCGUUGACGAUGGACACAUCAUCCACAUCAGCAGCGUGGCCGGUCAUAAGAUCUUCCCCAAUAUCCGCUUCUACGCCGCCACCAAGUUCGCGGUGAGAGCACUUACUGAAGGGCUGCGGCAGGAGCUGAGGGAAUCUGAGUCCAAUAUCAGGAUAUCCGCCAUUAGUCCUGGUGUGGUGGAGACUGAAUUUGCUGUGAAUUGCCACUUGGUAGAGGAUGCAAGUGCAGUUAAGAAGUACUACAAGGAGUAUGGAUGCUUGAGUGCAGAGGACAUCACUGCCACUCUUGUCCAUUUGCUCUCUGCCCCUCCCCAUGUUCAGAUCCAUGAUGUGGUGAUGCGUCCCACACUACAAGUCCUUUGAAUCUCUCUCUCUCUCUCUCUCUCUCUCUCUCUCUCUCUCUCUCUCUCUCUCUCUCCAAUUACUCAACUUUGUCCAGCAUUCAUAUCGAUCGAGAAAUGACAUAGCAAUUGUGUGACUAACUAAAUACAUUCGUGUCCUUAGUUUGCCAUUGUUUAAUCAAAUAAAGGCAGAUUUCCUUAA